AUGGCUGCGAAUACUCGAUCUGUCCUCUCUGGGGGUAGACCUACGCCCCUAGAUUUCGAUGAUAAGGAGCCGCCUCUCGAGCUUGACGAGGAUCUUGUGACCGAUGACGUAGCCUCCGUCGAUGAGCAAAUUUCGGAGUACACUGCCUCGUUGGCGCCUAGCGUUCUGAACUAUCCCGAAGAGUAUGGUCGCCGAUAUCAUGCUUUUCGGCCGGGAGCAUAUCCUCUUCCCAAUGAUGAUUCGGAAUCAGAGCGCCUCGAUAUGACCCAUGAGCUGAUUGUCAGACUCAUGGGAAACCGUCUGUUCCUAGCCCCUCUGGAACGGCCCAAGGUUCAUCGGAUUCUUGACAUCGGAAGCGGUACCGGCAAAUUGGCCGUUGCACUGGGAAUUCUCUUCGAAGACGCUGAGGUCAUUGGGAAUGAUUUGAGCGCGAUCCAGCCCACUUGGAUUCCGCCCAACGUCACUUUUGAGAUUGACGACGUUGAAAGUCCAUGGGUAGGCAAUCAGAAAUUUGACUUCAUCAUCUGCCGCUAUAUGGCCGCUGCAAUCAAAGACUGGCCGAAGUUGGUGCAGAGUGUCUACGAGAAUCUCAACCCUGGGGGGUGGGCAGAGUUCCAGGACAUGGACAUUGAACUCUACUCAGAUGACGGAACUCUUACUGAGCAACACGCCACGAGAGACUGGAGUAAAACCUUUGUGACGACUCUGAGAAGCAUGCAGCUCGAUCCGGCUCCUGGCCCGCAGCUCGAGGGAUGGAUUCGACAGCAGGGCAAUUUUACCAACGUCACCCAUCGGAAGUUCAAGGCGCCAGUGGGACCCUGGCCCAAGGAUAAGGCCUACAAAGAUCUGGGAAUGUUGAACCUUAUUCAGACAUUGGACGGGCUUGAGGGUUUCUCGCUCAGAAUGUUCUGUGGCGUUCUUGGGCGCACGAAGCAACAGGUCUUGGACCAAUUGUCAGAUGUGCGCAGGGAAUUGAAGAGCAACGCCUUUCACUGUCAGUUCGACAUUCACAUUGUAUAUGCACAGAAGCCCUCUGUGGAAUAA